GUACUUUGACAGUAUCCGCGAAGUAGCUAAUGUAGCUAGCUGAGUUAGCUUGCUAGUAUUAGUUACAUUGCUGCUUUGCGAUCGUUUAACUAUUUGCUUUCAGUCAGUUAACUGAAGUGGUUUGUUUUAUUACCCACCGCAAAUAGUGUAAGGCUGCUGGUUAGGCUGACAAAGUCGUGUGGAGAUUAUUUCCGGGUUAAUUUUGUAACUUGGACACAUAGACCACACCACUUAUCCGGUGCUCUUGUCCCCACUGACCUGUUACCGGUCCCGGCUUUCAUGUACACUGCGGUGCUAGUUGCCGCUGUUGUCGGCGGUGGGGUCCUAUUCCUUGUACGCCGUUUGUUCCCCGUGCAGAAAGCCGUGAAGUUGCUCCAAUAUCCAGCCGACGCUAUGCGGGGAAAGACUGUCAUCGUGACUGGGGCUAACAGCGGGAUAGGGAAGGCCCUGGCCGGCGAGCUGCUGAAGCUCCAAGCCCGGGUCAUUAUGGCCUGUCGGGACCAGCGGAGCGCCGAAGAGGCAGCCCAGGAAAUCAGGAGAGAAGCGGGACCGGAGCAGGGGGAGGUGGUCAUCAAACACCUGGACCUUGCUUCUCUAGGAUCAGUCCGAAGAUUUUGCGAGGAAAUUCAAAAGGAGGAGCCCAGGAUUGAUGUGCUCAUUAACAAUGCAGGCAUCUAUCAGUGUCCCUACAUGAAGACAGAGGAUGGUUUCGAGAUGCAGUUUGGUGUGAAUCACCUUGGCCACUUCCUUCUCACUCACCUCCUGCUGGACCUCUUGAAGUCUUCAGCUCCCAGCCGCAUCGUUGUGGUUUCCUCCAAGCUUUACAAGUACGGCCACAUCAACUUUGAUGACCUGAACAGUGAAAAUAACUACGACAAGGCCUUCUGCUACAGUCAGAGCAAGUUGGCCAACCUGCUGUUCACACUUGAACUGGCUCGUCAGCUGGAGGGCACGGGGGUCACGGUCAAUGCUCUCACACCGGGCAUCGUGAGGACCAGACUGGGCAGGCACGUUCAAAUCCCUCUCCUGGCAAAGCCACUGUUCAACCUCGCCUCAAUGAUCUUUUUCAAGAGUCCGCUUGAGGGGGCCCAGACUCCUCUCUAUCUGGCCUGCUCCCCAGAGGUGGAGGGAGUGUCAGGGAAGUGCUUCGCUAACUGCAAGGAGGAGGAGCUGAUGGUCAAAGCUACAGAUGAAGAGGCAGCCAAGAAACUGUGGGACAUAAGCAGCAGGAUGGUUGGACUCACCAACUAAGCGCAGUUCUGUUCUGUGGACAGUAUCUCAUGUGGACUUUGGUGGUCUUGGACAGGAUAAUUAAUCCCUAGCAGCCCCACAGACAGGGAGAAAUGGCUUGUGAAAAGACCAAUUGCCACCUUUGGGAUAAAAUCAUUAAUUGACUGACAUAUUGUGCCAAUGUAGUGUGUAAAUUAAGUCUCUGUGAGCAGGUCUGCUUGGAGAGAGUUGAUCAGAGAUAGAAAAAAUAUGUGCCUGUAAAAUUGAUGAUCCACUAAAAGAAUCCACAUUAAUUUAUUGUUUGACUUCCUAUACAGACACUCUGGAAUGUGGGGCGGAACAGGAGCAACAUGCUAAAAGAGCACAGAUACAACACUUAAAGGGAUACUCCAGUGAUUUAAAAUCGUAUUUCCAUUAAGCUGGGGGUGAUACCAUCUGUGUUAUAAUUUGGAAAGUUCCCUCCAGAGCCACAGAAGGCAUUACACAACUGUUUUUACAGGCUAAGUAGUACUCCUCAAGAUAAAUCAUUGCCAAAACACUAGAUUACAUUAGAAUAAUUCCUAAAGCCAUGCUAGUGUCUGGUUGGUCUGAGGUUAUGAAUACAAAACCUACAUAGCACCUUGCUCUCAUCCCAGUAACCACGAUUCAGACACACGCAUCAUGAUCAAAUGCAGCGAACUCAUCUCUUUAUUGGCGUUAAUCAAAGCCAAGCUGAGCUGUCACAUUUCCCUCCAUUGUGAGGUCACAUUAUUGCUUGUGCCGUGCAAAUCCUCAGAGCAAGUGGAGUGAACAGCACACCCGUUCUAGUUCAGCUGUCGUAUUUGAAUGCUAAAUUUGUGCAUACUUUAGCAUGUAUUUUUGCAGUGUAAAAAGCAGAAGGUGGGGUGGGCCAGCUGUUAAUCUACUUUCCCUCUGUUGAUGCGUUUGAAGUGUAAAUGCUUCUCUGCUGUGUCUAGAGGAGCUGGAACAAUAAGGUCAACAUUGCAGAUCAGUGAGAUGCUGCUGCACCGUGGCUCCCUCCUGUGGAUGGAUUCACCCUCACAUGUAAAUCCCCUCUUACCGCAGCAGGAAGGAAAGAAGUGAAAGGGGAUAUAGUGGUAAUUGUAAUGUGAAAUUCUGAUGCUCAAGAAUAAAUACAAAAAAAGUUCUGAAAUGA